AUCGUCGUAAAAUUGUGGUCAGCUCAGGGCUUCCACGGUUAGGCUGUACACGGUGCACCGCAGCGCUACAGCAGACAGAGUUGUCUACAAUCAAGAGACGUUUGGAGUUUUGACAGCUAUGGCCGAGUUAAGCUUCCUCGACAGUCCCCAUCUACAACCAGUCAAGUACAAGUCUGUGAUUGACGUUUUCUACGAGAAGGCGAGCGAGUUUCCAGAGAAGGAAAUAUGCAUCCAACGAUUUGCUGACGGCUCUAGACGUUCAAUAACAUACAGCGAUCUGAAAAUCAAGGCAGAGCGUGUUGCUAGGUUCCUGAUCGGGAAAAGCAUACAGGUCAGCGAUAAUAUAGGAAUCAUUGGGCCAAACUCGAUCGAAUGGAUCGUGGGCGAGUUGGCUAUCCUGAUGACUGGCGCAGUUUGCUUGCAUCUUUCUAAGCCACAUGGGAAAUUCCAGAAGACUCUCGAACAAUUGCAGCUUUCGGAAUGUAAGGCUGUACUGCUAGACCUAGAGAGUGACACUACGUUUGUCGAGGACAUCGAGGGAUUUGUAAGCGACAAUCCUUCAAAUGAAGGACAUGGUUUGGACAAACCAAUCUUCGUCCUCCUCAGGAAGAAGGAUAAAUCCAUGCUGCCUGAUGUAGAAACAAUAGGAGGACUAGAUCAAUAUCAGAUUGAUAAACAACUCCCUGGAAUCGUUCCCGAUACACCAGCCAUUGUUUUCAUGACAUCUGGAUCAACAGGACUACCCAAGAUGGUCGAAGUUACUCAUUUAGCACUGGUAAAUACGGAAUCCGCCUACAUGCUCACUCGUGGUGUUGGUGGUAGAGGGGAAACGUACUUCAACGAUCGACCUUUCUCCUGGAUUGGAGGUACAAUAAUAUACUGUCUCCUACAAGGAGACACAAGAGUGUUUCGAGAUGGAAGAAUAACCGUGAAAGGCGGCGAUGUUAUGGAUCUCUGGAAUAUCAUCAUUGAAGAAAAGUGUACCAAUGGCCUUCUUCUUCCAUUCACAAUAUAUGAUCUCUUGCAGAACAAACAAAAAAUAAAAAAGACAGGAUAUCGAAUGAUGUCGAUUGUCACCGGAGGUCAAAUAAUAAGACACAAAGAAACGGAAAUACUAGGAGAAAUUUGCGAACAGAUGUAUAUGCUUUAUGGAUCGACAGAGGUUGGCAUAGUGACCUUUUCUCCACUAGACAACAACAUGACCAUUGGAUGCUUGGGGAAUCUUUUCCCUGGAGUUCAAAUUAAGGUAGUAGGUGAGGAUUUGAACACAAUUGUUCGUGGAGAAAUGGGUGUACUCCUCAUAAAAUCACCAUGGAUGUUGAAAGGAUACCGCAACGCGACAGAAGCUCAAAGGAAGUCAAUCGCGAACGGCUGGAUGAACACUGGAGACGUGGGGAUUAUAAAGAGUGACGGCCAACUCAUUAUCAAAGGGAAAAUCAACAAUGUCAUCAAAAGGGGGACUCUGAAAGUCGUAUCAGGGGAUGUCGAGGACUGCAUCGCAUCAUUUCCAGGUGUGAGAGAUGUUGUUGUCAUUGCAGUCCCUGAUCCACGAAUGUAUGAAGAGGUAUGCGCAUGCGUUGUGUUUGAUAAAAAUACAGCAGUUAAUAUGGACGCAGUACGGGCACACUGCACAGAAAGCCUCGGUGACAAUAUUAUAGGAAAUGCUCCGACGUUUUACCUCGAGUUUGACACACUGCCACAGCUCGGAACGGGAAAACCUGACAAAGUCAACAUUCAACGGGACGCGGUAGGAAGGUUAAACAUUAAAACCAAGUAACUAAACAGCGUCCAAAUGACAAAAUUGUACACAAAUUGUGUACGAAUCUGUAUACGUUAGAAAUUUUACAUUGGUAACAUGUUAUGAUAUAUGUUUAAAUACUUGUAUUCGUAUCAAUCAAUAUGUAUUGUUGCGCAAUUUUGACAUCAUUAUGGUCCCAUACAGACAUUGGACAAUAAAAGCAAGUGUUCAUUAGAUGUGUUCAUAGAUAAUGACGACAAUGUGAACCUUUAGGACACAAACAUAUUACAGAACAAAUCUUACUAUACGAAGAACAGUACUCAUAUAGACACUACAGGGUUCCACCGCUGAUAGUAAACUGGCCUUCUCCUUCAGAAACCUUCUGUCGGCUUGGAGCCGAAGACAUCUAAUAUAAAUAAUCCAUCUUCAGAUAGAAAGGACCGCCUACAGAGGCGCCAAAAAGGAAUUAACUGAAAUGUGCCAACACAUGUGGUUGAGAUUUGAACGAUUGUGAUAUAAAGCCGAAAACCAGGAUGCCUCGAAACGACGUGAAUGUGGGCGGAUCGUCCGACACUCGAACCAUAAGUAAGAAAUGCACUGUCAAAUUGAUCUUCUCUUUGGUUAUCCAUUUUAUGCAGGAGAAUAUGUAUAUUAUUUUAUUCAAACUGGCACUUAACAGGAAAUUAUUUAAGGUUGUUACACCUAAAAAUCUGGUAACGUGAUUAUCUCCCCUAGUGAUAUUGAAUAUAUUACGUCAUGAUGUAACCAAAAGAUUAAAAUUAAUCGGAUGAUCAGCAAAAGAAGUCUCUCUGUGUCUUUCUGCUUGAAUUUUGUGUAACCCAAUAACGUUUUAACU